CCCCGCCCCCCCCUGACCCGCUCUCGCACCGCAGGAGCCAGCUCUCGUGCGCGCUCGUCAUCCUCUCCUCUUCGCACGAGUGCGCGACGCUAACCAAUCUGACGCCGACGCGCGCGCCGUCGUCACUGAUGGCCAAGGCGCGCAGGCUGCCGCUCGCCGCAGCGGGCGAGAGGUUCCUCGGCUUCCCCCGCGGCGCCGCCGUCGCGCCCGCCCCCGCCGGCGACGACGACCUGCCCGACCUGGCAGAGGCCGACGUCUGGUACUCGGCGGCGGAGGGGCCCGGCACCGGCGCAGCCUGGGAGGCGGAGGGGAGGGCAACGGUGGGCGGGCGGGCGCCGCGGCGCGGGGUGCAGGGCGGGCUGAGCCGGGCGUUCGGGGACGGGCGGCAGGUGGCGGCGUCGGCGCCGGUCGAGGUCCCCGCCUGGCCGAGCCGCUUCGCGGAGCCGGAGUCGUUCGUGGAGGAGGAGGAGGAGAAGGACGUUGGUGGUGGGUGGGUGCCCCCGCACGUGUACCUGGCUCGGCGGCAGGCGCGGGCGUCGGUGGUGGAGGGCGCCGGCCGGACGCUCAAGGGCCGGGACAUGUCCCGGGUGCGCGACGCCGUCUGGAGCCGGACCGGCUUCGACGGAUGAUCAAAUUUUGCUUGCUUGUUUUGGCCUCGACGAACCAAUGAGGAGGAGCUUGUGAGGAGCUUGCUGCUAGACUAGAGGGACAAAUGUGUGGUGUGCUGAUUGGGCAGCUGGGCGGCUCCAACUAAAUUUGGUUGGAGCCUGAUUCUUCUUUUGGCACUUUGUUAUGGCCUAAAAGAAUAUAUUGUAUGUCUAUACUACGCAUAUACUUGCUGUACCUACAGCAUGUGCACA